AUGUGCGUUGUGAACGCAAAUGAGGAAGACGCGAGAGUAGAUGGACGACAUAGUGCGCCGCUUCCCCGUGUUGCCUGCCCAGUCCGUGUUUUUUACGCUUCUAAUGCCCCGCUUCCCGUGCACUACCUUCGCGUGCUGCGUGCCCAGGGGACCGAAACCAUAAAAACGAGCAGGUGCUCCAGUCAAAAAGUCCCCUUCUUCCCCGUACUGCAUGCUUUGUUCGUGGUCCUGGCACUUCCACUGCACUACCUUCGCGUGCUGCGUGCCCAGGGGACCGAAACCAUAGAAACGAGCAGGUGCUCGAGUCAGAAAGUUCCCCGCUUUCCGGUGCUGCAUGCCCUGUUCGUGGUUCUGGCACCGCUGUUUGAUCUCAUUGUUGAAUCGUUCUGUUUAUUUACAUCAGCUCUGAGCGGCGCUGAGUCGUGGAAGCCGCAGUUGAAGCCCGUCCUUGUCAAUAUCUACGAGUGGAACAGGACAUGUACAGCAGUAUAUUCAUCUUGAAGAUGGUAUGUCGACAAAUGAGCGGUUUAUCUCUGCAGAAGAGUACACUUAUGACAUACCAUAUCCUUCUGAGAUUUUUAAUCCUGUUUCGCU